CAAACAUAGAUGACCUCAGAAGCAGCAGCAGCAGAAGCCAGACAGCAUCUAGACCUCAAACUUUUAUCAGUGCGGUUGCCAUGGUGACAGUGCCUCCUCCUCUUCAGCCGCCACGGGCAACAGUUAGCCAGGCAGCUUCUCCUCGCUCUCCCAAGCCCCCCCUCCCAUCCCUUCCUCUGGGCUCAUCUGCAGCGAGUGGCCGACCCCCGCAGACGGCGGCACGUGCUGAGAUGCAGGACAAGGGCACAAAGAGAGCCUUCGUUCCGCCCAUGACGCCUCUGCCUCUUUGCAUACAAGGGUCCUCUGGGUCUGGAGUUUUGAGACCAGUUUCUGAAAUCCCAGCUAAGUUCAGAUCUGUCUUCAAGGAGUUCCCCUUUUUCAACUAUGUUCAGUCCAGAGCACUAGAUGAUGUUCUUUACACGGGUAAGAACUUUGUGGCGUGUGCUCCUACUGGAUCUGGGAAGACAGUGCUGUUUGAGCUGGCCAUCAUUCAUCUGUUAAUGGAGACCUCAGAGCCCUGGAGAGAUGUCAAAGCUGUCUAUAUGGCCCCGAUCAAAGCCCUCUGCAGCCAGUGCUUUGAGAGCUGGAAGAAGAAGUUUGGUCCUCUGGGGCUGAACUGUAAGGAGUUGACGGGCGACACGGAGAUCGAUGACUUCUUUGAGAUUCAGGACUCCCACAUCAUUCUGACCACACCUGAAAAAUGGGACAGCAUGACAAGAAAAUGGAAGGACAAUUGUCUGUUGCAGCUCGUCAGGCUCUUCCUUAUCGAUGAGGUGCAUGUGGUGAAGGAUGCGACCCGCGGUGCCACGCUGGAAGUAGUUGUGAGCAGAAUGAAGGCUGUGCACGCCUACAGAACAGCACAGAAUCCAGAGACAGGCCUCUCCAUGAGGUUUGUGGCUGUGUCAGCCACCAUACCCAACACCUCGGAUAUAGCAGACUGGCUGUCUGAUGACAGCGGUCCUGCCACAUAUCUGAACAUGGAUGAGAGCCACCGCCCCGUGAAACUGAGGAAGGUGGUGCUGGGAUUCCCCUGCAGCCCGAACCAAACCGAGUUCAAGUUUGACCUUUCGCUCAACUACAAGAUCGCCAACAUCAUACAAACGUACUCUGACCAGAAGCCUGCGCUAGUGUUCUGCUCUACAAGGAAAGGAGUGCAGCAGUCAGCUGCAGUUCUGGCCAAGGACGCUCGGUUCAUUAUGAGCAUCGAGCACAAGCAAAGGCUGACGAAAUAUGCAAACUCUAUUCUGGAUUUAAAACUGAGAGAUCUGGUGAUGUUCGGAGUUGGUUACCACCAUGCAGGAGUUGACUUGUCUGAUAGGAAGUUGAUAGAAGAGGCCUUCACUCUGGGAGACCUGCCCGUCCUCUUUACCACCAGGACUCUGGCCAUGGGGGUGAACCUGCCAGCUCAUCUGGUGGUGAUCAAGUCUACCAUGCAGUAUGUGGGAGGCUCCUGUGAGGAGUACUGCAAGUCUGACUUGCUGCAGAUGAUUGGCCGAGCUGGAAGACCACAAUUUGACACGUCUGCGACUGCAGUGAUCAUGACCAAGUUCCACACCAAAGAAAAGUACAUGAACCUUAUGAAUGGGGUGGAAAUCAUUGAGAGCAGCUUACACAGCCACCUGGUCGAGCACCUCAAUGCGGAGAUUGUUCUCCAAACCAUCAGUGAUGUGAACAUGGCUUUGGACUGGAUACGCUCCACCUUCCUCUACAUCCGAGCCCUCAAGAAUCCCACACACUAUGGUUUCUCCGCCAACUUGGACAGAUUUGGAAUCGAAGCAAAAUUGCAAGAACUGUGUCUGAAGAACCUCAACUCUCUGUCCUCCAUUGGUCUGAUCGACAUGGAUGAAGAUAUCAACAUCAAACCAACAGAGAGUGGCAGAGUGAUGGCUCGGUACUGUGUCGCCUUUGACACCAUGGACCAGUUCAGCAAAGUGUCUGGCACUGAGAGCCUGUCGGACCUGAUUGAGUUAGUGUCGAAGAGCAGAGAGUUCAGCGACAUUCAGUUGAGAAUGAAUGAGAAGAGGCCUCUGAACACCUUCAACAGGGACAAGAACAGGGUCACCAUCAGGUUUCCCAUUGAGGGAAAGAUCAAAACCAGUAAGAUGAAAGUGAACUGCUUGAUUCAGACUCAGUUGGGAUCCAUCUCAAUUCAAGAGUUUGGACUGACACAGGACACAGCGAAGAUCUUCAAAAAUGGGAUGCGCAUCAGCAAAUGCCUGUCAGAGUUUCUGAGUCACCGAUCAAAGAUCGGUUUCUCCGCUCUGCUUAACUCCCUGAUCCUGGCGAAGUGCUUCAGAGCCAAGCUUUGGGAAAACUCCUUCUAUGUUUCCAAACAGCUGGAAAAGAUAGGCCAGACACUGUCAACUGCCAUGGUGAACGCUGGACUCACCACUUUCAGCAAAAUAGAGCAAACCAACGCCAGAGAGCUCGAGCUGAUUGUCAACAGACAUCCACCAUUUGGCAACCAAAUCAAAGACUCUGUUAUGCAUCUCCCGAAGUAUGAAGUUACCCUGGAGCAGCUUCCGAGGCACAGCUGUGUGACGGCAGAGAUUGUGGUGAAGGUGAACCUUAAAAACCAGGAACAACUGCUGGCCAGGAGAACCGCUCCAGACAACCACUACAUCUCUCUGAUUAUCGGAAACUCUGACAACUCUGUGGUCUUCCUCCAGAAACUCACGGACUCGGUCCUGCUGAAGUGUGGCAGCUGGUUGAAGAAGAUUGAGGUGGCAAAGGCCUCCAAAGGAGAGGAGAUCAGUGUCAACCUCAUCAGCUCACAAUAUGUGGGCCUGGACAUCCAGCAGAAAUUCAACGUCUACUACUCUGGAGCCAGGAGGUUUGGAAAUGAUAAUCUUCCAAACACACCCUUUGAUCCGACUGGACCGAGACCACAGCCUCCGGAUCAAGCUGCGACUCAGAGGGGAAACGGCCCAUCUGCUGCAGACCAAGAAUCAGGCAAUAAAAGACAAUGCAACCACUUCUGCAAGAACAAGGAUCUCUGUGGCCACGACUGCUGUAAAGUAGGUGUAACUGUGGCACGGAAGAGGUCAGCAAAUCAAGAGUCCAGUUUCUCUUCCUAUUUGAAAGACCUCAGGAGCAGGUGUGACACACUUUCACAGACUCCUGUCAAACGACUUAAGCUUAAAAUGAGCGAGGAGUCUGUGUCUGUCAACAUGCAGGAGUUUGCCUACAGACCCAAAGAGAGGCAGCCUUCUGCUUCCUGGGACGGAGGAAGUCACUGUGACGCUUCAGGAAGACUCUCUGAGACUGUGGAUCUGACAGGAGAAGACGACUUCCACCUGAACGAUGGUUUUGAUGAUUAUGACGAGGACUUGCACAGGAUGAUGAAGCAGACUGCCCAGACUCCUCGUGCUCAACGUCAAAGUAUCGAAACCGAAGGUCCUUCAGUGUGGAUGAACCCAGAAAUCAGUGUCGCUGUGAAUCAGAACCACAAACUGCUGCUGAACCGGAUCAAAGCAGCCAGCUCGGCUGCGGUGUCAAACCGAGGCGCUUACAGCCUCAACGCUUUGUCCUCGCACAUACCCACGAUCAGCUUUGACCUUGGAGAUGAAUGGGACGACUUUGAUGACGAGAACUUGGUGCAUGCCAGCGAGACGUCAUUGGCCUCGUGUCUGACGAGUGCUAAACCUGAAGCCUGGCAGUGCGUCUACAACAACAUGCCAGGCUUUGCUGCUACAUCUGUCCCAGUACUCCAGAGUCACUCCCAACUCCAACCCUGUGUAACCACAGCCAGAACACCACUGAGGUCGAUUUUGCCUGUAAUAAGAGAACAAAGAGCCUCACUGGUUACAGUCAGACCACUGAACCGGAUCACACACGACUGGAAUACAAAGAGAUCAAACAAUUUCGGAGAGGAGAUCACUGUCAAAAGACCGGCUUGCCCCCAAAAGCAGACUGAGACCCAGGAGGCCCCACUUCCCAGAAGGUUUGAUUUCUUCUCCACAAUGAGCGUCCCACCCAACAUCAGCUCAACUGUCAACCGAAGCAGCACAGAAUGCAAAGAAGAGGAAGCUUUCCUUGGGAUAUUUGAUGGGAUAUUUUAGAAGUACUGCUUGUCUAACGGUGACUCUGUCAUGAACAUAAAGUGUUUUAUGUCUUUGUUCAUAUUGUAUUAGCCGGUUGGCUUGAAGACUGUUUUUAUUAAGGUCAUGUUAUCAUUUGUUCAUGUUGGAAAUUGAACAGAAUGUUUCUAAUGUUAGUUGUAAUUGUUCUAUAAUAUGUAAUGUAUGAAUUCAUUUAUUUAAUAAAGUCUGUUUAUUGAA